ACAAAUAGACUUUUGGCGGGAUUUUCGAAUACGAUAGUUACGAACAUCGUAUAUAAAAACGAGAUAUAUAUUAACGACGAAUUACGAGGACCGAUAUAUAAACUUGAAAUUGAAGGCAAGUUUUCGUUUGAUUAGUUCCUUCCUUUCUUUUCUUUCUUUCAUGUUAUGUUAUUAAAAAAAAAAAAAAAAAAGAAAAGAAAAGAAAAGAGAGAAAAGAAAAAUACAAAAAAGAGAGAAAGAAUAAAGAAGUGAGAUACAGAAAAGAAAUAAGAAAAGAGAAAAAAGGAGAAGUUCUCGUGUCGUCAUUAUCAUCGUCAUUGUCGUCGUCAUUGUCAUCGUCAUUGUCGUCGUCGUCGUCGUCGUCAGAGUUCUAUCGUUAGCCUUGACGGGCGCCAGCCGGUCGCGUGUACUCUCACGCGCACGUGCACGCACCGAUACCCUUCGAACGCGACUUCGAACGAGUUCACGGACCGGAUUAAAUCUUCUCUUCGAGAGAAAGAUUGAGAGAAGCAGAGAUAGAUAGAUAGACAGGCAGAGAGAAACAGAGAGAGAGAGAGAGAGAGAGAGAAAGAAUCCAUCCCUUGUCUCUUUUUCUAUGAAUUUGAUAUUGGAAUUAGAGGAUAUGAUAAAUGAUAAGAAACAACGGAUAAAAUAUUGAAUGAAUGAGAUAAAAAGAAAUAGAAAGAGAGAGAAGACAAAGAUAAAGGUAAAGAGGAUAUAUAUUAUGUGAGAUUCUUAGUUGAAGAGGAGCACCAUGUCGACGACCGACGUGGUACGAAUCUCUCCUCAGCAGCAACAGCAACAGCAGCAGCAACAACAACAACAACAACAACAACAACAGCAGCAGCAGCAGCAGCAGCAACAACAAGGAUCGUCUCUCGAUGAGGAACAAGGAAGACUGAAAAACGAUUUGCAAUAUCUCCGAAGAAAGGGACUUCUCAAGGCGCCCGGUGAAUCGUCCUACCAAGGACGUAAAUGUGCGAGAUGCUGUGCCCCGUUCGGUAGAUUUUACAACACCGGGGCUACGUGUACUCGUUGCAGAUAUAGGGUUUGCAGGCAGUGCCGUAUCGAGGUCAGAGGUCCGAACGAGGAGAACGAGACCGGUAAAGACGUCGAAUGGAUUUGCAACGUUUGCUAUAAGAUCGCAGAGUUACACGUUAUCACUGGCAAAUGGAUGUACGAGGAUCCAUUUACGAGAGAGAUCAUCGAUGAGAAAAAAUUGUCGUCCCCUUUGGACAUAUUGAAGCACAGUAUACGUCGUGCUUGGACUAUAAAUGGACCACCCACACGUUGGUCAGCCGCAAGAAAAUCACCGGAGUUGCGAGUUUAUCGUAGUCUACCGACUAGACGACAGGAAUAUCGUGAAUCCAUCGGGAACGACGAUAACGUGAUAACGGGAAGGAACGUUUUGUUUACAAGAUCGGAAAUAGAGAAUAAUCGGACUACGAGCGAACGUUCUGUAAAUGUUAAGAACGAAGAGUCAUCGUCGUUUCUCGUGAAAAUCAUUUCGCGAAACGAUAUUGCCGGUUACGAACGAACGAAAAAAAACGAAAAAUUACGCGACGUUAAAUUCGAGGAGACGAUUGUAGUAUCGACGGUGCCAUCAUCGGCCGAGGUUGCCGUAAAAGGUUCGUUUAGAAGGAACGAAAAAAACGUUGGAAACUGUGGAAAUAAUAAUAAUAAUAAUAAUAAUAGUAUUAAUAAUAAUAACAAUAAUAAUAAUAAUAAUAAUAAUAAUAAUAAUAAUAAUAAUAAUAUCAACAACAAUAAAGUUAAGGAGUUGCAGGAAGAUACGACAAGUAAUCAGGAACAACAGUGCGUUGUAACACCAAGGAUAUCGUUAUUAAAACCACCUAGAAUAUUUUCGAAGCUAAUAUCGUCGGAUAUUAAAUUUUCUCAGAGUAAAUAUGGCGAAAGAAAAUCGAAUAUACCUAUAUUUAAGAGGAGCUCGAAGGAAUUCGAGGAUAUCAGGAGUCCUCAGGAAUCACCGAGACGAUCUCUUAUACCACAAAGAUAUAGAGGAAGCACGGACGACCUUAGACGUAGUCGUGAGGAUAUAAGCGUGCCAAGUUUGAUACCGAAACUCCUGUCACCUCGUAAUAAGGAGGAUAGAUUAAUAAAGCGUCAGGAUAACAAGGAGGAAGAAGUUCGUACGAACGUAACGAAAGUUUUAACACCGUUUAAAAAGGAUAUUAAGGAGGAGCCGAGAUUUACGAACGUUAGUAUAUCGCAAAACAAUAUUAUUAACAAUAGUAACGCGAAGGAGGAGAAUAAGAUCGGUGUACGAACGUAUCGACGCGAUAAUAGUGCAAGAGAGGAAGAAAAAGAGAAAGAAAAAAAGAAAGAGGAGGAGGAGAAGGAGGAGGAAGAGGAGGAGGAGAAGAAGAAGAAGAAGAAGAAGAAUAAAGAAGAAGAGAAAGAAGAGGAGGUGGUGAACGUGGGCAGGGAUUGUACAAAUUCAAAUGCGAGCGUUGCUACAAAAGGAAAGCAAAUCGGGAAGGAGUUUGUUGGCGUUAAGAGAACAGAGAAGAAGGACGAAGAAGAGGAGGAGGAGGAGAAGGAGGAGGAGGAGGAGAGGAGGAGGAGAAGGAAAGAGGAACGCGUGGGCGAAGUCACCGCGUCGAAAACUAAAUCAAUCGUUACCGAACUGAGCAAAAGGAAAAGGGAAAGCUUCGAGGAGGUGGAGAAGUUAGAGGAGAAGUUGGAGGAGCUGGAGGAUCGAUCUUUAACGAUAAAAGGAUUUAAUCGUGAAAGAAAAUUAAUAUUAGACGAAUUUACGACGAUGUUGGACGUUGUUGAUAAAAGUGUUGAUAAAGGGACAUCCUUGCGACUCGAAGAAAAGGAUCUACGGGAAGAUAUUAACAAGAGUAUGGAUAACGGAUACGAAGGGAUGCCAAUGGAGGAUGAAAAAAAUAUCGAAUAUAUCGAUCGUUCGAUCGCGGAUGUUCCUUCGAAUAUUGUUGAUAACGAUGAUGUCGAUAUCGGUCCCAGCAACGAUCGGAGAUCCAUCGGUGAUGUUGCUGGUCAUACCAAUAAGAAGAUGGAGGAAUUUCAAGUGGUACGCCGAAAAUUUUCAAAGGAAGAAUUUUCUAAUACGGACGACACGGACGAGACACCGAACAAGCGUUGUUCAAGUCAUUUGUCGCCGGAGGCCAGCCCCUUGAGCACAAGAUCCUCGAGAUACAGCCCUCGAGAGAGCGAAAGCGAACCGACACCUGCACUUCCACGGAAAAUAGGUGGAGACUCUUGUUCUGCUUCCCAGAGAAUAAGAGAUGCGAUAAGUAGAAGCAGAAGAGAAUCGAAUAGUAGUGCAAGAUACGAGAGCAGCGGUAGCGAGAGUGUAAGACUGAGCGAGACAGGACUGCACGAUUGCGUGGAUCUAGCAAGGAAGUUGAAAUUUUUUGGUGGUAACGGAAGUGGUGCAAUACCAUUGAUCAUCGGAAACGAUGAAAUUAUUCAACGUGAUAGUGCAACGAGUGCUGGCGAGGAUGAACCACACGAGGACGGGCAUAGCAAUAGAAUCGGUCCGAUUUCCUCUCAGGGAAGAUCUAUGCUUCGUCGACGUAGACAAUUCGAUGCUCAGGGUUCGAGAAGAAGGGGCCGAUCGCACGCUAGAACUUGCUGCGGAGAGGAUCUUCAGAGUCUUCAGACACUUCACGUGAUUGGACGUGCCGAAAGACAAGAAAGUCCAACUGGUAGCAACGCCAACACCACCAACAAUAACAACAACAAUAAUAAUAACAACAACAACAACAACAACAAUAAUAAUAAUAAUAACAACAAUAACAACAACGGACAGGAUAGUCAACCUAUAGUCGAUUACAGAAGAUUAGUCUUUAUAAGUUCGGAUUCUUCGUCUGGUCGUGAAGAGGACGACGCUGACAGCAGUUGUUCCAGUUCCUCUUACUUGAACGGUUUACCACGCGGUGGUAGUCACGCUCAGUCCCUCGAGGAUUGCGAUUGGGAUUAUUUCGAGAGCGGUACAUUACCACUUCCUCACGGUAUACCAGUCGCCAUUGGUAAUAGCAACGUUACCACGGAUCCUAACAUCUCCCAGGAUUGGAGUUGUUGUCCUGGACGUGGUUCCUCGGCUUGUCAGGCUUGCGGGGGUUCUGGAAGCGCAAACGUACUUCCGGUACCCGUCCCUAUACCAGUCCCAGUACCAUAUCCGGUGCCAGUUCCGGCAGCUCUCUGGACCGGUGAUUUCGCAGCGGCAGCGUCCUCGAUGAUAAGUCGUGCCGGAGAUUCGGAGCCUGGAACGUUGAGGUUGAGAGGAGAGCCAGGAGCACCUUGGUUCGCUUGGCACCCAAGAUUUAAUCAGCCGUUGCAUCGCGGUAGACUCGAUCCAAGACUUACCGGUAUAUUCGAUCCAACCAAUUGUAGCUUUAGACCUGAACAAGUGAUAGGACCACGUCUUUACGAGUCAACCAACGAAACGACGAUUUCGACUGGCAACGAAUCUCAUCGUAAUCAUUUAAACGAAAAUACAGCUGAGACGGUACAAGACAAUCGUGAAAAUAAACUAGGCAAAACAAAUACAAGCGCGGAGGACAAUUUAAUGAGCGAGACUUUGACGAAAAAAGAAUUGUCAAUCGAGUCCGCGGAAAAGGUGCUUGAAAAAAAGGAUGAUUCCGCGGACGUCAGCAAAGCGGAGAAACACGUACAAAUCGAAAACAGAAUGGAGAAGAACAAAGAGGUAGAGGAAGAGGAGGAAGAGGAAGAAGAAGAAGAAGCUGUUUGCGAGGACUCCUUAUCUUCGUCGUUCGAGAGCAGAGCUCAAAUGAUCUAUCAAAGAUCUCACGAGGAUUCGGGUAGUUCCUCUGGACGUUCCUCGGCCGAUAGCAGUGAUCUAGAGGAAGAUUCCACGUCUCACAGAUUCUCUAGAGUUUUCGUCGUCAACGACGAUUCUUUCACCAGCGACAACGACAUCGAGGACAACGGCGAAGAGGACGAUUCUGAUUCGGCUAAUGAACAAGGCGGUGUAACCUUGAAACGUGUUACCGCAUUACCAGAAGAGGAAUCUGUUAUUUUGCAACACGUACGUUUGUUAAACGAGGAUGGCGAUUUUGAGAAUAUCAAUGGAAAUCAAACUGACAGAAACAGGAUCGACGAGGUUGAAACCGAACAAAGGAGAGUUAUUAAUCCAAAUAAUAAUUCUAAUUCGGAGAGAAUUAAGACCCAUCGUGAUGGACGUCAACGUGUAGAUGUCGAUAAUGACGAUAGAAUACCAUUGUUGCUCGAUCAUCGAUUUAUACCAGAAGAAAUUUAUCUAGCCGACGAGAGCGAAUCGUUAGGUAACAAAAUAGAAUUAAGAUCGGUUAGAAUACUUGAUCCUGAUAGCAUCGAUGCAACGUCGAACCUUCCUCCGAUCGAGGGAACUCGAUGUACGAAUGAAACUCACUCGUCCGAUUCAGAAACGACUUUUGAUGUGAAUCCUAUUAGGAAGAGCCAUAGAUCGAUCGAGAUCGAUCGUUUGUCGAAAAUGGUUAAUCCGAAUGAUAACGACAAAAACUACGCGGAAUUUGAUUUGUCUAAUUCGAGCGGAAAUUGGGAUUCCACGAUAAUACCGGACUCGUUGGAAAUAUCUAGAGAAGUUACACAGACGGAUAAUAACACCUUCUUAGAAAUUUCUAAUGAUUUGAAAAAAUUUCAUUCGAACGAAAAAGACGAGGACGACGACGACGACGACGACGAAGAGGAGUAUGAUGUACGUAGAAACUCGUCGUACGAUAACAACGAUUGUGAAAGACCAACGGAUAAGCUUAAAGUUUUAUCGGAGCUAUUGAACGACAGUACCUCAGAUCGUAAGAAAGAUAACAACGAAUCGGUUCGUAACGUUAUCGGCAAUUCGUUUUUCUCUUCGAUGGAAAGUUCGACGGGUAACGAAACAACAACGACAGGAAGCGAGGAGGUGAGCAGCGACGAGCUUCACGAGUACGAGGUCACGCCGUUCUGCGAUGUUAACGCGACUACAACAACGAUUUCCGCUGUUAACGAGGAAUUGUUGUUGUUGAACCGUGUAAAAGUUGAAAACACAUUAGAAAGUAUAAAUGAUGAUGACGACAACGACAACGACGACGACGACGACGACGACGACGAGAACGAGAACGACCAUGAGAACGUCGAGGAGGACAACGAGGAUGAGAACGAAGAGGUUAACAGCGAGAGCAAAGAAGAAUCGAUCGACGAUAAGUCUUUACGUAACGCCAGUACGGAGAGUCUUGUUGCAUGGAACAAUUACUUGGAAAAAGGUCUUGCGGUAUCGGAUAAGAACGAGGAAGAGUUGAGUAAGGUGUUGGAGGUUAGUAAAAAGUUAACGGAGAAGGAAUUAAACGGUGAAAAGGACGUAGCAAGGAAAUGGGCAGGUCGAGAUGUAGGAGACGUUAUAUCAAGCAAAAUUCAAGAGAUCUUCAUGAGCGCUGAACGUGCCGAACGUGGAACGGAGACUGCGCACGAGCAUGGCUCGUAUACGGUGAGAGGCGAUAGUCCUGUUUCGAGCGAGGUAGUAGGAAGCAACGUCGGAGGUGGUAGCUGCGCCGGUGGUGGUAACGGUGGUGACGUUGACGGUGAGGACAACGACGGCGGUAGUGGUGCCGAGGAAGGUGGUAGUGGUAAAUGCGAUGAUAGUGAUGGUGACUCGACGGAGGGGGUAUCGACACGGUUUCGCUCAGUCGAGCGACGCCCGUCCACUCGAAAGGAGAAUGGAUUCCCUCCUGCCGCGUCGACUAAGGAUUCCACAAGAGACGCAGCUCGCUACUUUCCCUCCUCGACGAUAUCUUCGAACAAUACCGGUUUCAACGACAACAGCAAUAGCAACGGUAACAGCAACAACAGUAGCAGCAACAACGGUAACAACAACAACGCUAAAUAUAGGAGCCUCGUGAUGAUUACCCAAGAAGCUUCGUAUCAACCGGUGAGCGUGAUCACGUCGGACACUACGACCUUGUUGCAGCCGGAUGAAGUCCACACGGCUGGUCAGGGUCUAGCUGGGUAUUUCCAGCUGGCGCUCGAAGCCGUGGCCGAACAACCUCAUCGUAAGACGGGCCAACCUCCUCGAAGACCUCUCAUGGUUAAAAGAUUGCCGACCAAUGUGACGAAUCAUUCGGAAACGGAGGUAGACAGUGGCUUGAGCGUAGGUAGUGCCAGCGAGAGCGAUGACGUAUCGGUUAAGAACGCUAAUAAAAUAAAUAAUCGUUUGGAAGGUAGUAACGAGGAAUCCCAGACGAAGGAUCGACAGAAUAACGAUCAUAAGGAAGGGUUACGAGCACGUGCGUCUUCGCAAUCGAGCGAGGACAACUCGGCCACCGGUGGGGUCGUUAUACUCGAAGAAGGAUUAGCCGAUGAUGACUCCUGGGUCGAGGAAGUCUCCCACGACGAGGAUGAACCUGGUGCUACGACAGCGACCGAGGAGAGUUCCGAGGACGAAGCUAAUAAUCUUGGCGAUCGAGAGGAAGAAUUACGAGGAUAUCACAGGCAAGCUAUCGACUUUACCCUUCAUACCAUCGUCGAGGAAUCCUGCGAGGAGAGCGAGGCCGAACCCAGUCUGGCUGCGGGUAGCCCAUCGAAAAAGCAGCGACCACCGUCUGCCUCGGAAUUAGAAAAAUAUUUUUUCUUUGGACUUGGCGGCGAUGGAAAUAAUUCGAGCAUGGGAUCACGCGAGGUCGACAGUCUGUCCGAAACAUCGUCAAUUUAUUCGGAAGGUCUGGAGUCUCUUGGACAAGACGAACCUACCAGCACUACAUCGAACACCAGUACCACCACCGGUUGUCAAAGUCAAGAAAGAUUGAAUUCUAGCGAUGGAUUUCUCAAUUCUUCGAGAUUAGAAAAGUAUUUUCUAUCGGAGUUUCUUGGAUUCGAUCAAGAUAGACGUGACUCUGACGGAUCGGUUGGUAGCGAUUCCGAAGGUAGACCAAGUCCAGAGGCUCAACGAAGGAAACGUCUCGUUCGUGCUAGAGGUACAGGUCGUUCGCAUAGUUCUUCUCUCGAUAAUCUGUUGGCCUUGACCCAAAGCUCGCAAAAUUUGAGCUCUCAAAAUUCUCUGCAAGACCUUAGUCUCAAUCAGGAUCUGCAAGAAACUCAAUCGGAAGGAUCCUCGACCGAAACUGACGGGGCGGAGGACGGACAAACCGCGGCUUUUGGUACGGACGGACAAUUCGAUACGGUCAAAAGGAAGAAGAAAAAGCCUAGAAAUUUGGGCACGCAAAGUCCUCGUGUACCAGACGACAGAAACAAAACGCCAGAGCCUAACAGAGAAAUGGUAUUGGUGGGAGAAGUGGUAGUGGAGGACGAUACGGAGGCCGCGAAUUCUGAAGAUUCCGAGAGAGCAAAAACACCUCAGCCUGAAUGUGCGUUGUCUUCAUCGUCGUCGCCGUCCAUAGUCGCAAACGCGUCUACUACCUCCUCGCCGCAAGUCGUCGAUUCGUCGAGGAACCUUCUCUCAGCUUCCGCCGAUUCUAUCGCUUAUAAUCAAAGAUCGAAACAACAAUCGAGAGAUUCCGGCUUCGUAGGUAGCUGCGACGAUCUUUUGCAACAUCAAAAGAUACCGGACGACGUUCAGGUUAAUUCCGAAGUUAAUCAAGAAACGGGAAAGGAUCGUGCAAGAAAGGAAAGCAACGUUGGCGUACGUGCGACGGACGAAACUAUUUCGAACGAAACCGUUGUCGACAACGAAAAGAACAAUUCGAUAAAGAUAGAUCAUCCUAUAAAUCACGCUAGCAUGCCGCACUUGCCAAAUGCGUCUCUGUCGCGCAAGGAUAGCUUUAACAAUUGGUCCAGCGACGAGGAAACGAAUCUGAUGAUGUCGAAGAUGCGACAAUUUUUCAAGACCAUGGUCGCGAACUCUAACGGUCAAGGACAAAACGUUGGAAACGCAAACUCUAGCGGUGCCUCGCCGGCGCCGAGUCCACGAUUGCCCGGUUAUACAUCGAAGUCAAGAAUUUGUCCGCAGAAUCGUACUAAACCACCGCAAUUGGUGUACUUCGAGAACGAGUUGACCAGAUUAAUGAAAACAGUACCCGGUAUACGAGACGAACAGGUUCGAGAGAUAGUCGAGUAUCUCAGUUCGGAGGAUACUUGGUCCGAUUCUUACGACAGUUCGGAUUAUACAAGUUCUGAUUUAGAAGGGGCUGCUGGUGGUCGUCGUUCGGCAUUGCAAGAACAAAUAUCACAGAGUUGUCAACAGAUCAUAAGCAAGUUCGAUACAACGUCCGGUGAAAAUCUUUUGAACGAGAAAGAUAAUAAAGAGGAUAAGGGUGGUACUGGCAACCUUCAAGCACCUUGCCUUGGCAGAGACACCGCAUUCGUUUAUCAAAAACUAGUCCAGAGUUUCACGAAAAUGGCAGGUGACGGUGUCAGUUCCGAUACAAAUUCGACGCCGCACAGUAGUCCUCCUUUGAUCGCAAAAGUAAUGCAUCACAUAGGAAGCCGAUUGGUAGCACUUAUGCACGAGGUAUCCGAAGGUGGUCCAGCGGUUCAACACCAUUCGACUACUACAUGGAGAAGAUACUCGCAGCACCAUCGAACACCUUCGUCCGCCUCAACGACGGAAGACGAUGACUCCACUUCGGACUCGACUAAUCCAACGUCCUCGACUCAUCUCCAAUUACCCAGAUCAAAGUCUCACGAUCCUUUGCUACUAAUUAAUAAUCAUCCUAAUACGUCGACCGGUCAGGAGGGAGAGGAAAGGGAAGCUAGCGAUUACGAGAGAUUCUCAUGGCGGGGUAGUUUCGAGUCGGCAUUAAUGGCCGCUGAUUCGAGGACAAAACUGAGCUUAUUGGCUUGUAGCGGGGACGUUAGUGGAGUUGGAGCUAGUGCUAGUGCUAGUGCUUUGGCAAUGGCAGCUAAACGACGCAGUGCCGGUGAUUUGUUGUUCAAUCCUAGAAGCUUGUCGAGAGAGCAAUUGGAUAGAGUUAGGAGUUGCGGUUCUAUUGGUGGUGGUAGCGGUGGUGGAGGUAUAGGAGGUGGAGGAUGUGGAGGAUCUAUCGAGGAAAGGAUUUGGAGUAAUAGGAGAAGAUCUUCCGUUCCGGACGCUAACACUAGAGGAGAGUCUGGUGCGUCAGCAGGUGACGAGGACACAGAGGAUGAACUGGAAUAUGGUGCCGGUGAAUCCUCGCGUGCUACGACGCUUCCUCGUGGUAUUCAAUCGGCAUUAAGCGCGGCUACCAACUCUCUUCCACGUUUACCGGCUUCGACAACAACGACUGGCCUUACGACUACGUCAACCACCUCUUCGCAAAUGCACAAAGCUCAUAGCGUUUAUCAUUUUCUACCGCAACAUAGCGGCGUCAAAUCGGCCAGAUAUCGACCGCCCGGUUUUGCCAGGAACAGCAACGUAACAGCGGGAACAAUUGGUGGCCCGAAACGUGCGGUCAGUGCACCGGGUUUACAAGUUUCGGGCUCGCAAAGUUCUGCGGCUAAACGUGACAAUUCUAGAACUAGAAGACAACAGGCUAUCUCUCUGACACCGGACGAUGGAAGUAGCCUAUCAGAGGCGUGCAGUACGCCAAUCAUCGGGGCUGGUUCGCGUGCUGCUUCUAGUCACACGGUUAUGGAUAUGGACGAUAUGGAUCCUGGAUUGCAUUCUGGACAUCUCGCUACUCGUGCCUCUUUGUCCAGCCUUGGAGCACGCUCGGAUUCAAUGGUAUCGGUUUACAGUGGUGCUGGAGAAGGAAGGUGCUGUAGAUCGGUAGUCGUUACCGGCGAAGUCGAAUUUGCAUUGCAGUACGAUUACAAGCAUCUAACGUUCGAGGUGCACGUUACUAAAUGCAAGAAUCUCGCUCCAGUCGACGUCAAACGAAAGCGAUCCGAUCCAUACGUGAAGGUCUAUCUCCUGCCGGAUAAAUCUAAAAGCGGUAAACGCAAGACGAAAGUGAAGAAGCACACGUUAAAUCCGGAAUUCAACGAGACUUUGAAGUUUCACAUGAGCCUGAGCGGUUUGGAGACGAGGACAUUAUGGCUGACAGUAUGGCACUCGGACAUGUUCGGACGAAAUGAUUUUCUCGGAGAAGUACGAAUGCCAUUGGAGAAUAAAAUUUUCGAUGACCCAACCCCAAGAUGGUAUCCACUUCAAGAAAGAACAGAACCAUUCGACGAUCCAAUCGCUUACAAAGGUGAAGUAAUCGUCGGCUUGAAGUUCGUACCACCUGAUCCCGCACAACAACAGGAACGUGAGCUGGGCUCCGAUCACAAGGGUGCUUCGAAAUCGAGAAAAAAUUGGAGUCGUGGUGCUUUGCACGUUCUUGUUAAAGAAGCCAGAAAUUUGCAAACGAGAGCUAAGAAUUCUGGGACUUGUGAUCCAUUUUGCAAAAGUUACCUGCUACCAGACAAAGGUCGAUCGGGUAAACAAAAAACUGGUGUAAUUCGUCGAUCAGGUGGUUCACCAGUUUGGGGUCAUACAUUUGUCUACAAGGACGUUAGUUUGCAAGAGUUAGCCGAGCGUGGACUCGAAUUAACGGUAUGGGAUCACGAUCGUAUCGCCAGCAACGAAUUUUUAGGCGGUGUACGUUUCAACCUUGGUACAGGAAAGCAUUAUGGGAAGGCGGUAGAUUGGAUGGACGCUACAGGACGUGAAUUGUCUCUUUGGCAAAGUAUGCUCGAGAGGCCUAACUUUUGGGUAGAAGGUGCUGUUACCUUGAGGCCAAAUUUACACAAUCAUGGGAAAUCCAAUAAUGGCUCUUAAAAGCCAAUUUCAUCAUCGAAACAAUUAGAGUAUCGAAGUUAUAUCUAUUUUUAGCUAAUCGGUGUAAAUAGAUUAAGCGAGAUUAAUCGUUCUCGUUCUCGAUGAUAGAUAAUCAGUGCCUUUCGGGAGAAUGAAAAAAAAAAAAAAAGAAAAAUCUUCCCCUCCCCUUCCGCUCUCUUCGAAAAAGAAAAGAAAAAGAAAGAAAGGAAAAAUACAAAAAAAAAAUAUGAAAGAAGGGAAGUUAACCCUUUGAAAGGCACGAACGUGGUGUAAGUACGUUUUUACGAUAUGAAAUGAGAACGUUUUAUGUGUGAUCGACACAUAUAUACAUAUAUAAUAUGUAUAUAUACAUAUAUUAUACGUCGAUCUAUUUUCUAAACGCUUACACACACCUAAUCACGUUCUCAGAAGAAGAAGAAGAAGAAGAAGAAGAAGAAGAGAAAGAAGAAAGAAGAACAAUAACAACAGCAACAAUAAAAAUUACAAAACACAACAAAAAAAAAUAAAAGAAGAAAAGGAAAAAAAAAUGAAAAAAGAAAAAAAAAGUGAAAAAAUAAUGAGAAAAUAAUAUUGAACGCUAUUCUCCUUUUUUCUUUCUUUUUUUCGAAGGGUGGAGAAGGAGGAGGAGGAGGAGGAGGAGGAGGAGGAUUUUUUUAUUCUCACAUGCAAGAAACUAAUAAACAGGAUCGAAUCGUUGUGCUCUUUCUUGUCGUCAAUGUACUCGUCGUGUACUCGUACAAACGGAACGACGAAUGGAACGAAAAAGAAAAAUGGAGAAUAGAACAAAAACGAAAAGAAAAAUACGAUCGAACGAACGACAUAGUAAAAAUUAGUAAUGCGUAUGUAAUAUAAAUAAAUAAACCGAGUCGAACCGAGUUGUCCGUCCAAUUCCGAUGACGUGACGAAAAAACACGACGAAAAUUGCAAUCUCUCGACGGUUUGUAACUAGCUCUAUAUAUAUAUAUAUAUAUAUAUAUAUAUAUAUAUAUAUAUAUAUAUAUAGAAACGUUAUAAAGCAUUAAUAUUAACAUUACAAUAAGAGGUAUCGAUAAAAGUGAUUCGAUCGAUACGAUCGAAUUAAAAGAGCGCUGCCGCGUGAUAGAUAUACGUGUUUCAAACGGACGAUAGAAUUAAAGGGAAAAAAAAAAAAUUAAAAAGAGAGAGAAAGAGAAAGAGAGAGAGAGAGAGAGAGAGAGA